UGUGGGAGCUUGAACAUUUUAUCGACCGGGGGCCACGGUCUCUGCUUUAUUUUGUUUGGUUAGCAGGGGUAAGGCUCCCACUUGUCGUGCAUUUCUGGACCGCUGUUAACAACAAUGACGCGAAAACACAGGGAAUAGAUCUCCAUAGCCCUGUUCUUUUUUUUAUAGUGGCACAAUGUAAGAAUAUACGGCAUACAAAUGCUCCACGCAGCAAUUGUGCGGAAUCGUCGCCACCAAAAGCCAGCAUCGGAAUAAACAAAUAGCAUGACGAUACAACGGAAAUACAUAUUAUAACCUCUGCCUAGCCCCAGAUGCCUCCUCUGCCUCUUGACGAGCGGAUAGUGGUUAUUCAGCGCCCCAAAAGUUUGGCCCUUCGCGUGGCCUCCCCCCAAAGCGGCCCGUCCCAGCAGCACGGCGGCAGCAGCAGCAACAGCGCCCCCCGGUGUGAGCUCCUGCCCCAGGCCCGCGUCCACCCGCACCCCCCCAACGGCAGCGCCGGCUCUCUGGAAUGCAAGCGCCGGUCCCGCUCGCAAAAGGUCCGCGGAGAACGAGAACGAGGGGUCGGCUGGGAGAACCUCGGCCCCGCGCCUAGCCAUUGCCAUAGCAACGGGACCGUCACGCUCGGCCCCAGGCCCCACAAGCACACGCACACCAUCGACAUCCGCCUGUCCGUCGACAAGGGCGGACGACACAGCAGCGGCGGUCUCACGCGCGGAGGCAGCGGCCGAGGAAGCGGCCGAGGAGGACGCAAGGUCUCCCUGCAGGUGGACCCCGUCCAGUCGGAGCGCCGGAGCGGCUCCCUGAAGAAAGGGGCCGCCGUCCAGAACCCCCAGAAGCCUUUGCAGCAGCAGCAGCAGCAGCCAUCGGCGAGUCACCACCAGAACCACCUGUGCGUGUCCCCCGGUGGGGUUCUAGAGUUCGUCCCGGCGCAGCGUCAGCCGCAGUCCAAGUCCAGGAAGGAGCGCGAGGCGCUCGCCACCCCUACAGCCACCGUCGCCAACGGCAACGGCUACUCCAACUCCACAGGCUCCCGCGGCAAACGCGCCCCGGUCUCCAACGGCAACAAGGAGAACACCAAACUGGGCCCGGUGCACCAGCCGCCCCACCCCCUCAGCCUGCCCCGCCACCACCAUGCCUCCACCCCCACCCCCCAUCACCACCACCAGCAGCUGCAGCGCCACCCCCACUUCCCCACCACGCUCCAGAUCCACGGGCUGCCCGUGCUCUCGCCCAGUGACUCCUCGUCCAGAGAAGGCUUCCCCAGCCCUGACCACACCUGCACCAUCGACCUCUCGCACCCCUUCAGCUGCGGCUGCUGGAGGCUGCUACGGUGCCAGGGCGGUCGGAGCCACGUGCACGCUCACGGGCACGCUCACGGGCACGCUCACGGGCACAGGCACUCCGCGGGCAGCCCGUCCUCGUCCUUCUCCAGGUCGCACGGAGGACCAGCGCAGGGAGGCUCGGCGGCCGCCGCUGCCCACGGAGGAGCCUCCAACAUGGGGCUGAGGACGCUGGGAGGCUGCCUGUCCACGGGCUCCACCACCAACACGUCGUCGUCCAACAGCACGGUGUCGGAGUGCCGCGCGGGCCUGCUGCGUCGUCCGCUCGGCGGCUGCGCGUCCUGCUCCAACGAGACGGCCGGCGGCGGCUUCGAGAGUCCGGCCGCCUUCCGGAAGAAGCUGGUGGGCGGCUGCCUGCCCUGUGCGCCCCUGGCCUCGUCGGGUCCUCUGCGCGCGCUCCAGAGCUGCGUCAGCGGCUGCAACCCCAAGGCCAGCCAGACAGCCAGCUCCACCUGCUCCUACUGCAGCAGCGACCCCAUCGUCGUGACUUUUAACCCCCACCGCGGCAAGCAGCAGCAGCAGCAGCCGGGGCCCAUGCACGGCUCGGGCCGGCUCGGUGGGGGAGGAGGAAGGGGAGGCUUCGCCGGUGGUAGCCACGACGACGACGACUACAGCGUACGCACGAUCUGGCCGGAGGAGCUGGCGAAGAAGAUGACGCGCUCGAAGGCGCAGGGCAGCGCGUCGGGCCACGAGCAGAACGGCGGUCACCCCGGCAACAACCCGGUCAUCCUGGACUGCCGCAACCUGCUGGAGUUGACGCGCUCGCAGCUGACGGACCACGCGGGCCGGCGCCGGCUGCAGCAGGGCAAGAGCGCCGUGCUGGACUUCAUCGGGUCCGGCGGCGCCGGGAGCAGGGACUCGGGCCGCGACUCGCUCAAGCGCCUGUGGACCACGGGAGGCGACGUGGGCAUGAUGGGCGACGCCAACGGCCUGGACGACGAGGACAUCAUGCCACACUCACCGUCCCCGCGUGCCCCCUCCUCGGCCCCGCAGUCGCCCCCCUCCUUCUCCCCCCCGCCCUCCGCACACGCCACCCUCAUCAAGCCCAAGCCGCGGCAGCGAGACCGCGACCGCGAGGGCGGCCACUCGCUCCCCUCGGCCCAGUCCCUGCACCUGGUCCUCAACUCCCUCAACCAGGAGCAGGACGAGGAGAAUGGACGAGCAGUGCACCUGACUCUGCCGCUGUCGUCGUCUCUGCCGGCGUCUCUGUCGGACGAGACGCUGAUGACCCCUGACGUGGAGAACGCGGUCAUCAGCCCCAUCCUGCCCUUCCUGUUCCUGGGCAACGAGCGUGACGCGCAGGACCUGGACCUGCUGCUGCGGCUCAACGUCACCUGCGUGGUCAACGUCACCACUCACCUGCCGCUCUACCACCUGGACACCGGCCUCGUGCGCUACAAGAGACUGCCCGCCACCGACAACAGCAAGCAGAACCUGCGCCAGUACUUCGAGGAGGUGUUCGAGUUUAUCGAAGAGGCACACCAGAGCGGACGUGGCGUGCUGGUGCACUGUCAGGCUGGCGUGUCCCGCUCGGCCACCAUCGUCAUCGCCUACCUGAUGAAGCACACGCUGAUGACCAUGACGGACGCGUACAAGUACGUGCGCGGCCGCCGGCCCGUCGUCUCACCCAACCUUAACUUCAUGGGCCAGCUGCUCGAGUUCGAGAGGGACCUCAACUCCGGAGUGACCCCCCGCAUCCUCACCCCCAAACUCACGGGCCUGGAGACGCAAGUCUGAGACACACACACACACACACACACACACGACAGACAGAGAGAGAGAGAGAGAGAGAGAGAGAGAGAGAGUUGCAGAGGAACAAAAGAAAAAAGGAGAAGAAGAGACGGCCGUGUUCAGGUGGAGGCUAGAGGGAGAGAGAGGAAGUCCAGAUUCGCUCGAUUCCUGUGAGUCCACCUCACACCUUCACACGCUGCUUCUAAACCAGGGCACCUGUCUCACCUGGCGCACCUACACCUGUCUACCUGCGUGACCCGGCUCGACCCAACGGGGGCCUGCCAUCCUCAUCCUCCAUUUGUAACGACGUGCCAAGUUUUUAUAACAAUCUACGAGCACCUGUAAUCCUCCUGCUCUCUCUUUAUCUACCUACUAGUAUUGUGCUACUGUUACGGUUGCCAUGACUACGAUUAUAAUUAUUAUAAUUAUUAUUAACGCUCUGAUCAGUGUGACCGUUAGAACUCAUCAUUCUCUACACAGUGGACAUCACUGGGGGGUCCAGAGACAGGGCCGCAGACUUAUGAUGCACUUACGGAAACGUACGGAACUUUCUAGAGACCCAGGAACACCUCUCCAACCCAACCUCUAGGAGACCUGUAAGCUGUGGGUUCUGAUUUCACCCUGUCGUCCACUGUGGUUCGAUGUGUUCAGGACCGCCGCUCAGUAUAAGGAAACCCAAAAUGACCCGUUUGACCCCUAUGCACUUUACUCCGUCUGCUUUUUGGGGUUUGCUCCGACACACACACACACACACACACACACACAUACACACACAUACACACACAUACACACACACACUUAUUUUUCAGUCUCGUUCACAAAAAUAGGGAAGAAAUAUAAUAUUUGGCCUUUUAUUUUUUUAUUUUGCCUUCUGUUGUUUUUAAAGAACUGCGGUGUGGUGGUUUUGCUACGACAGGGCGCUGUGCAAUAGAGUGCUGCUCAUCUGGCUGAUGCUAACGAUGCGCCUGAUCGCUCCGUAGGAGACGCACCAGGUCCUGCUCGCGACGUCCAGCUGGAGGAAAGAGGAGGCGAGCAGGACGAUGAGGUCCUGCAGGACACAGGGCUGGAGAUGGACUACUGACGAGGUCCUGCAGGGUGACGUCUGUAGGACUGUGGGACUAUUUUCGUCUUCGGCAGUCAGGUGCGAAUGGAGUUGGCAAAUGGAGACAUUGAAGUUUUUUUCCCAGAGAUUUAUUUAAUUCAUUAGUUGAAGUAUUUUGAUAUUGAGUGAAUUUAUUUACAGCCUUGUAUUUUUCAGUUUCUUUUCUUCUUGGCUUUGAACAUCCAAAAAGGGAAAACGACGCUUCGAACAUCCAAAAAGGGAAAACAACAAACGCUUUGAACAUCCAAAAAGGGAAAAACUUCUUUUUUUAGAAAUGCAGAGAAGGGCGGCAGAGACGCCAACUGUACAAAAGAUAAAAGACAAAAACUCAGAAAUAACGACUUAUUUUUAUGGUGGAUUUCCUUUGACACGCAUGUCAGAUUGUUUGUUGAUUUGUUUGUUUGAUUGUUUGUUUGUUUGUUGUUUUUUCUAUUGGGUUGGAACACCUGCAUGUUUUAAUGUUUCUGUAUUUUGGCCUUUUUAUUUCUCGGACGGUGCACUCUGAUUGGUGGAGUUCGACGGAUGGGGUCUAAACCUGAUCUCAGUCUAAUCCACACGCUGCUAUCAGAGACUAAGACCUGGCAUGUUGUGUAAGAGUUUAGGGAGAGGCUAGUGUCACUUCUUACAGUGUGUGUGUGUGUGUGUGUGUGUGUGUGUGUGUGUGUGCGUGCGUGCGUGCGUGUGUGUAUGUGUGUGUGUGUGUGUGUUGCUCCUGUGUUCGGACGUGGCCUUUACAGCGUGAACAAAAGCGUGGCCAUGUAGAGCAGUCUAUUCAGUACAGAGCUUUACUAGAAAGAGGGCUUCCGGCAGUGAUACUGAACACUCUCGAGCUGACCGCCGAGUCCAGCUCCUAAUUUCUCUAUUUUUACUUUCUUCCUCUGCAGAACAGAAUGGAACAGAAUAGAACAGAACGGAACUGAAUAGAACAGAAAGGAACAUAAUAGAACAGAACAGAGCAAUCUCCGCUCUCCUGUCUCAAGAUAUACAGUAGUCACUGUAGACAUUGUCACUGCACACUUCCAAAUACGCCACUCCCUUGGCACUCAGGACUGACAACAUGGCUUCAUUACGACAUAAUGAAUCCUCUGUAGCAUUAACUAGCGUUAGCUAUCCCUCAUCUGUAGCAUUAACUAGCGUUAGCUAUCCCUCAUCUGUAGCAUUAACUAGCGUUAGCUAUCCCUCAUCUGUAGCAUUAACUAGCGUUAGCUAUCCCUCCUGUCUUUCCCUCUCCCUGCUGUUCUUCCGAAUCAGUAUGCGACUGACCUCUCUUUUUUCUACUACUAUGCAUUGCUAUCUUUUAACAGAGGGAAUUGUGUGGGGAUGGAAGAGGCUAGCAGGCUAGCAAGCUAAGCUUUAUCCUUCACUGUGAAUCUCAUUCUUCCUCUCACAGCGCUCAGUGUUAACCCUCACGGUUCAGGACUUGAGGGGAGUCCUGGUAGUUGUGGGAUUAGGGCCUGAUCCAUAGAAGGUCACAGUGCCACAUCUACUGAAGUCAACUUUACCUCACAACUGUCAACUUAGACACAGAAGGGCCCUUUAUGAGAACAGUGGUGAUGCACUGAAAGCUAUCAGUUUGCUGUUAGCAGUGUGUGGCACCUGAGGCAUGUUAGCAUACGAAAAUAAAGCUAAGCUAAUCUUUAAAGGUUGUAUCAGUGAUGGCGGGGUAAUGUAACUUCUGUUGACGUUCAAACAAAACAGAGAGCUAGCUCGCUACUCCCUCCCCCUCCCUCCCGUGCAAUUGAAACUCUCCUAAUGCGCAUCUCAUCGGUGACUGGUUGGGACACUAUUUAUUUUGGUUUUGAGUGGUUGGUAGUACACUGAUGCGGUCAAUUGUUUUUGUAUACAGAUUUGGUUUUGAGUGGUUGGUAGUACACUGAUGCGGUUAAUUGUUUUUGUAUACAGAUCUCGGAGCCUAGGCUGCCUACAGAGACGCGUUUCUUUGACGGCCUGCUUAUGGGGCGGCCAGUUAGCGGAUCGUGAGGAAAAGAUUAGAUGAAUGUGAUCAUGUAUGUUUGGGCAUACAAUCACUGAUACAACCUUUCAAGUGAAUCAUUGUAUUAUUUGGCCUUGAAAAUGUUAACAAUGUUUUCAAAAUGUUUCCCCUGCGUUUGUUGGCCAAGUUUGUUUUCAGAGCAGUAUACCACUGAUCCCCAGCAUCUACGAGCUCUCAGCAGGAUAGAUGUGAUCAUCUUUGUAAAGUGGGGGUUAUCUCUGUGUGACAUCUGUGCAGGGUUUGCUUUAAGUGGAUUAUCUCCGACCCGUUUAAGGGAUUAGGGACUGUUCGUUAUUUAUUUAUUUAUCUCUGAGAUCAGGAGGCUAAGUGAUGGCGCUAGCGCCCAGACACACAGGCGUCUGGAGGAGCGCCCCCUAGAGGUGGGGAACACUGCUGCUGACAAGAGGUAGCAAAUAAUAGCAACAAAGUGUGUGUGUGUGUGUGUGUGUGUGUGUGUGUGUAUGUUUUCAAGAACUUUCGAGAUUAUGGUUCCUCCAUCUUGCUUUCACCCUCUGUAUUGGCAGUGGAAUUUAAGCGCAAAGGGAGUAGAACCAUUUUCUGGCCUGAGGAAUUCUUUCUGUUUUCCUUCCUUCCUCCCUUCCUUCCUUCCUUCCUUCCUCCCUCCCUCCCUUCCUUCCUUCCUUCCUUCCUUCCUUUCUUUCUUUCUUUCUUUCUGUCCAUCAAAGUGUCAUUAUUUCUCGCAUUACAACCUGAAACUGCCAGCGCCUGCUUCAGUGCUGGGGGAGCGCACACAGCUCAGUAGUGGCUGCUGGGAUGAUGAGAUGUGAAGAGCAGGAGGAGGGCUGAUCUUCCUCCAGGUCUGUGUGUGUGUGUGUGUGUGUGUGUGUGUGUGUGUGUGUGUGUAUGUUCCAUAGAUGCCACUUCUCCAAGUCUAUGCAGCAGCACCACCACGUAGGGCAUCUGCUGCUACAGCUGCAGAGAGCGUCUGCCAUCUUGCUCUCUGGAAACUUCCUGUCCUUUUCCAUACCUUCACUCAAGCUCACUCACACACACUCACUCACGCUCACACACACACACUCACUCACGCU